AUGACAAAAAAUUCAAAAGAAAAGCUUCUUCAACAUCCAUCUGUUAGAGAGGUUGUUGAUGAAUUUCAUGUUAUAUGUAAAUGUGGUAAAAAAAUUAAAUUAGAUCGUAAAUUUGAUCCAGACUUUUUGGAAAGACAUUCCAAACCUAGUGCCUGCAAACUUACAAAUAAUGCAACACAAAUAACUAAUUUUUUUGACAAAAAAACCUCUAAUGUCAGAAGGAAAUUAUGCCAUGGUUUAAACAAUGAAAAAACAAAAAUUUAUCUUAGACGUGUAGCAGGAAUAACAUCAUAUGGAGGUGCACCACCAGUUGAAGAUGUUGCAAAAGAAUUAUUUCCCAAAAAAUUUAGAAAAAUUUUUAGCUGGAAUAAAUUAAAUGAGGUAGAAAAAAGAAAAUUGCUAGAUGAAGAAGGAAA